CGACUCCAACCGCUUCGCAAGAAAACACAUUGUUGUCCAGCAAACAGAGUGGAGAAGGCAAUGAGGUGCAUCACAACACCAAAUUGACCGAUCUGACAUAACCUAUCAUCAUGACUUGUGCAAAUUGCAUUGAACUAAAUAAACAACUUGUUGACAUCAAAACAAAGCUCGUUCCGAUCAUGAAAAUGUUGGAUGGACUAAAUUUGGAUUCAACCACUAUGAAACCCGCAACAAUUCCAACUGACCAUCAACAGAAUGCUGUAGUGGAUAUGGAUAUGGAUACGGUAACGGAUAUGAGUGAAUCGAACUUGACUGGCAGUUCAUUGUCAACUGCAACACAAAAUGGUAUUUUGAGCCAACAACGACAACAAACUCAACACAUUGAUGUUUCUUCGCCGCUCACAAAUUGCAUUGGUGUGAAUACGGGUCCACGUGGGGGAUCGAAACGACGAAGAAUUGACGAAGUGAUCACCGAAAAUAAAAAUCCAGUUGAUUUGUGCAGUUUUGUUGUCCUUCCGAAAUCGGCUGAUAGUGUCUCCGAGAAAGCCGGUGUGGAAAAACAAACUAUGCGGUCACUGCACAUCAGUCCAUUCAACCCGACGACUGAUAUUUCAGUUAUUGCUGGUCACUUGAAGGCGAUCGAAAGCACCCGUCCCUUCACUGACU